AUUUUCGUUUCCCAAUUUGACAUUUUUUCUUAGUGGAAAUUACUGAAUUACGGAUUGUAUUACAAUUUGCAAAAUAUGUAUGUUUACAGUUUCUAAGACUGGAAAGUUUUUGGUCAUUGAGAAUACUUAGAAUUCACUUAAUAAUUUUCUGCCAUCUUAUAGAAAUUUAAACAAUACUAGAACGAAUACAACGUAUGAACUAAAGGGUAUAAGUUAUGGAUUCUUCGUCAAUAGUGAGUUUCAACAAUGAUUCCACUUAUCAGACCACGCUAAAGGGUGAAGUGAGCGUACAUGAAUUAGCCUUGCAUGCUAUGCGAGAUAGAUGUUUACUACUGCAACGAAGAUUAAAUACUUUAGAAAAUGAUAACAUGAAGUUAAAAUUAGAUAUAUCAAAGAGAAAUUCUCCUUACAUUCCCUUGCAAGAAGACGAGAAAUUAAAACUCCAACAACAAAUAGCAGAACUUAAUAAGCAAAAGUCACAACUGUUGCAUCAUGUUUUUAUGGUCUCAUGUGAGAAUAAAAACUUGUGGAAUAAAAUUUCAACUUUAAAGCGUCCAGAUAAACCACAUAGAGAAGGAAGCAAACCAUUGUUACGCACAAACACAUAUGUAAACCACACAUUAAGAUCGAGCGCUAACUGUCAGGAGAAAUAUGCAGAAUCAAGUUUAGAAGAAAUAUCUUUAAAACUAAUAAACAGUUAUAUUCAAGAGAAAUCACAGUUGGUAGAGCAAUAUGAACAAAUGUCACAGCUUCAAGAAAUAGACGAUGAAAUUCUAAAUGUUGAUUCUAUUGGUUUCAAUUACUUAGAUGAUCCGGCAUUUGAUUCAUUGAAAGAAAUACAUAACCAGACAGAGAAAUUGCAAAAUUUAAAGAAGGAAAUUGAACUUCAAGAAAAAGAUCUAAAACUUGUACUUUCUAAAGUAGAGUCUGUGUUACUGGAAGGUUACAAAUGUCCAUCAUGCGCAGACAACAAAUCAAAACAGAUAACCACAGAGGAUAAGGAAGUUGAAACAAGCGCCAGUCUUAUUGACCUAGCUACAAUGGCAUCUCAAAAUUUCAAUGAUAAUAGCACAUCAUUAGUCCAGAAUGAUUCAGAUUAUGAUGCAAAUAGUGAAAUGGCUGAACCAUAUGAUAAAAUGUGUCCAAUAUGCGGUGAAACAUUUAAAAAGCAUACUGAAUUUUCUGUAUUCCAAUCUCAUGUAGAACAACACUUUAUUGGCGAAACUGAAGAUUCAUUUACUAAUGCUUUAGAUAAUGGUCACAAUUCUUUUGAAAAUGUUAUGUGAGGGUGAUAUUUUAAAAUUGACUCGUAAUAUUAUUGUUUAAUAACUGUGAUGUAAAUAUAACUACAAUAGAUCAGCUCUUUAAUAUGUAAUUUAUUGAUUUAAAUUGAGUGAGAAUAUCUAUAUGAUGGUGUAGAUGUAGUUUUGGGUUGCUUAGUAUAGUUAUUUGCAUGCGGUGGAGGAAUAAUAAUAACAGAUAGUUAAAAAACUCUCAUUAGUUUUUGGGUUAUUCCAAUACAUACAAAAUUACAGAUUGGUAUAUUUGUAUGGACAAACAAAAUCUACUUAAGGAGUUUGUUAAACUAAACAUCUUUCAUAAUUCCACUACAUAAGCAUUCCAACAGAACUACAUCUGAUAAUACACUUGGUAAAUAAAUUUUAAGAAAAAAUCAUACAGAUGUGGAAACAUUGAUAUUCAUUCCUAUAAAAAUUAGCUCAAAUUAUUGUUCUUUAUUUUUUUUUUUACCGUAUAUUUUAUGAUUAGAAUUUUCAUUUUGUAUAAUUAAUUG